AUGCGUGGCAUCCUUCAUCUAUUUCUGAUCGUCACAACCUUCGCAGUUGUUGUUCAAUGUCAAGGCGGUGGCGGUAGUCGUAGUUCUCGAAGUAGUAGCUUUUCUCGAAGUCGAAGAAGUAUCAGUUCUUAUCGUUCAUCAAGUCCAUGCACAGGUGAUGCAUGUCCUCCUGAACACAAUCCUACGAUCGGAUACGCAAUUAUAGGCACUGUAGGCAUCGUAUUUUUAUUCAUUGCCUAUAAAUCAAUAACCAGUGGCACACCAUCACAAUCAAAUACCGCUUAUGUAAACUUGCCAUCGACCGAUAACCAAAAUGUCGAUAGAAAUCCAUUUGAAUCAGGACUUUGGUCGAACCGGUAUUAUCAAUACAACUCAUGGCAUGGACCUUUUCAUUUUAGACUUUUAUUCGAUCCCGAAACACCAACAGUAACGGGCAAUGGAAUUGAUGAUGUCGGAGAGUAUGAAAUCGAAGGGAUGUAUUCGAGAAAAAGCAAUCGAAUGGGUUUAAUCAAGAACUAUCGACAAGGCACGGGUGAUCGAACGCAAAAUCUCGGACACAAUGUGACGAUUCAAGUGGCUUGGAACGAAACUCAGCAGCAGUUUGAGGGAAAAUGGUUCGUAAAAACAAGCAAAUACAGAGGUGAAGAUAAAUUCGAACUGAAAUUUGAACAAAAUAUUAAAAUGAAAGAUUAUUAA